AUGAUAAAUCCCGAUACAGUACGGGUGCCGGUAUCUUAUGACCCAGCAAUGUGGUACGUUGGAAUGGUAGGUAUCGGCACAUUUUCUGAUAGAUCUUUCAUAGAUUACUUAUUGUUGGUUGAUUCGGCUAGUGAUAUGACGUGGGUUCAAUGCAAAGGUGCCACGCAUAUUUUCUAUCAAGAAGUUCCUCUUUAUCCUUGGGAGGAUUCAAAGACAUAUCGUCCUCUUCCUUGUGAGGAUCAUAGUAUUCUCUGCCCUGGCGAUAAAUGCAAUAAGGAGGGCGAAUGUACCUACGAAGCAAAAUAUUCGGACGGUGGAUCUUCAUCUGGUGUUAUAGCUCAAGAAACAUUCACUAUAUUCUCAAGUGCUGGUGGCCUUGAAAGUGUUCAGAUACUCAUGGGCUGUGGUUUCAACCAAGCAAAUUUUGUUGACUUCGGUAUGAAUCAUUUAAAAAAAAGCCUGAUCUUAUUGCAGGAAUACUUGGUUUGGGAAGAGGACAUUGUCUUUUCUAAAACAGCUAGGUGGUCAUGA